UGGCAGUUUUAAACAACACUUCGAUGAUAUGCAGAAUGUUGGUUGUCUUAGCUUGACUUGUGAAAUAUAAUUGUCCUUAACUUGAUAAUUACGAUAAAGUGGUUAAGAAGGUUGAAAGUGUGAUUCAAAAUCAAGAUUUCCAGAUGUCAUCGUCGAAAAUUAUUCUAGAGGACAGCGAACUAGCAGCACUUUAUGCUGACCUCAUGGCUUCACCAAAAGGCAAAUUAAGCACCAUCACGACAGUAACUUGUGAAGUGAGUAAAGAUGAUUCGACCGAGGCAUCGACUUCGCCCGCGGUCAUCGACGACGACGACGUUGGUUAUCAUGACGCAUUCGAUAAGGUAGACGACAUCGAAAACGCCUCGCCUCGAAAGGAAGAUGCGACCCGCCCGAGCCCAUGGAGAAAGUUCGGGGGCAACGGCGAGAGUAACAAGGCGAGGGUGAUGUUCAAGGCGGCUGCGUUCGUCUCGGGCGCCGCCGCUCAGCGUCGUUUUCGUAAAGCGAACAAGCCUUCGAGGUCGAAGAGAAACCAAGUUGCCAGCGAAACGUCAUUGCAUUAUGACUGUGAAGAAAUGAAGGAGGUCUUCCAAAAAGAGGAUCACCUGUCGGGUGUCGGCAAGAGCUACACAAGACUUGGUUCUGUCAUGAAGCUUUCUGAGGCCGUUCGGCGGGGGAAUGUCGAAGAAGUAAAAUUGAGGUUGGCAGAUAGCAAAGACGCUCUACUCAAUAAGCUGGACAGGAACGGACUGAGUGCUCUCCAUCACGCAUCGGCUUCUAAUCAAAUCGCUGUGAUGAAAAGACUGCUCGAGCAGAAAGCAGAAAUCAACAUCAGAACGACAGACGGGAAUUCGUCAACUCCCCUUCACCUUGCAGCCAAGAAGGACAGCGUUGAGGCCGUCAAACUCCUCUGCGUUCACCGAGCCAACAUCGAGGCACAUCAGACCAACGGGUGGACGCCCCUACAUGUCGCCGCUAGAUACGGGUCGAGAGAGAUGAUAGAGGUUAUGCUUGAUUUCGGAAAGGCUGACGUCAAUUCUCUCGACCAUGACCUCAUGUCACCUCUUCACGUUGCAGCAACCAAAAGAGACACCGAUAUUUGUUUAGCAUUGAUAAAUCGUGGAGCACUGCUGCAGGCUAUGGACAAACACUCGGCCACGCCCUUAAUGGCUGCCGCCUCCGUAGGCAACGCAGCCACCGCCCAAAUACUUAUUGAAAUGGCUCCGAAAUGUGGAAUAAAGGUGGCCGAUUAUUUGAGGGACUACGACAACGAGGAAAACUCCGUACUUCACAUCGCCGUCAGGAGUAGGAAGCUUGAGUUGGUUGAACUGCUCCUCCAACAUGGCGCCAAUGCAAAUGAACAGAAAUCGAAUGGGGCCUGCCCGCUUCAUGAGGCCGCGGUCACCGGGGCAGAGGACAUUGCGCAUGCGCUCUUGCGCUAUGGAGCAUCCAUCCUGAUGGAAGAUGACGAAGGAAUGACGUCACUGCACAGGGCUGCUAUGCAUGAUCGAUGCAGAAUGAUCAAUUUACUCAUCAAAGAGGGAGCGGAGAUCGAAAACCGUGACGACUAUGGUUUCACACCCCUGAUCUGUGCUGCGUGGAAAGGCCACAAGGGGGCCGCGUCAGCUCUCUUUUCGUACGGGGCCGACAUCGAAGCGAUGGAUGAGAAAUCGAGGACUUGCCUUCACUGGGCGGCAGAAAACGACCGACCGGACAUCAUCGAACUCCUAAUGGAUCACGGAGGUGAGAAACUAGUCAACCAUCUCGAUAAGAACGACCACACGCCACUGUACUACGCAGCCGAAGUUGGUGACCUGGAGAUUCUAAAAUUGUUGAUCAAAAAUGGUGCCCAGCUUGAUGUCCGUGAUACGACGGGAAAGACGGCUCUGCAUGUAGCCGCCAAGUUGGGGCGGCAGGCAUUUUCUGAGGAGCUACUUCGCCUCUGUCCUCGGCUGUUAACCGAGGAGGACCUCCAAAGCCAAACACCGCUUCAUCUGGCUAGUAGCAACAGACAUCAUUACCUCGUGCAAUCACUCCUACGAUCUGGCUCUGAUGUCUCUAAUAGGGACGGAGAUUACAAGACAUCAUUGAUGUUGGCAGCAUCUAACAACGACGUCGAGACCAUGGUCGUUCUCAUCGAAAACCACGCCGACAUCAACGCUGUCGACAGCGACAAGAACACCGCCCUCCACAUGUGUUGCCUUAGCAACGCGACUGAUGCUGCCAACCUGUUACUCGUGAAUGAUGCCGACCUCACCCUCAUCAACGACGAUUCUCUCACCCCACUGCAACUGGCUAUUGAGAUGGAUGCCAAAGAUAUUGCCACGGCUAUCAUUCGAAGUGACAAGUGGGACUCGGCCAUGUCAGCCCGUAAUCAGGAGAAGUUGACACCCAUGAAGGCACUCAUUGAAAAGCUCCCGGAUGUCGCCAUGCUAGUCUUCGAUAAAUGCGUCGAGAAGUCGGAUCUGCCACCCAACGAUCCCCGUUACACGGUAACCUACAGCUUCAAAUACAUCGACCCUGGCCUUUCCGAUGAAUCUUUCAGGCAUAACGGAGAAAGAUAUGCAGCUUUGGAGACGAUGUCAAAGUGUGGACGACAAGAGCUUCUGGCCCAUGAACUCUCUCGAGGUCUGAUCGACCGGAAAUGGAAUAUCUGUUCCAGAUACGUCUUCUACACGCACUUCAUCUUAUACUUCCUAUUCGCGGUUGCCAUGGUUUUCCUGAGUGCCGUAGCUGGGCGGGAGUUGAGAUACACAAUGGACGGCAUGUGCGCUCAGAUCAAUCUGACAAGCAGUUCUUACCUAGCAUCAAUCAUCUAUCAAGAUCCGGACGGGAUGUAUUCCUAUUCUGCAGUUAGUAUUACCGUCGCACGUAUCUACAUCUUCUCAUACUCCGUCGUAUCUCUAGUAUUCGAAAUUCCCGAGCUUAUGUUGAAGCGCUUGCACUUUCUCCUGGAGACUGGGAAGUACCUCAACAUGGUGCUCUAUGCCACAGCUAUCCUCUACACCUACCCACCAGAUCGGGUGCCCUGUAUUCCAGAAUACAUGUUUGGGGUGAUGGCCACGUUCCUAAGCUGGGUCAAACUCUUCUCGAACCUUAACGUGAUCGAAUCGCUUGGUAUUUACGUCCUGAUGUUCUUUCAAACUCUACUUACACUCUUAAAGGCGAUGGCAGUAUACCUUGGUUUGAUCAUGGCCUUCGCCGUAUCUUUCACGAUGUGUUUACAAGGGAAAGUGUUCGGCUUCACCGAUGAAAGGCUUUCGGUGAUCGCGACCUUCACGAUGCUCUUGGGCGAAAUCAACAGAGGGGACAUCUUCAAUGCACGUAUCGAUCUGGAGCCGUUUGCCAUGCUCACCGAAUUGAUUUUCUGCAUCUUCAUUUUCUUAAUGCCGAUGGUUUUAGCUAAUCUGACGAUUGGUAUUUCUGUAGGAGAUAUUGAUGGGAUCAGGAAGGAUGCAACACUAAAGAUGAUGGAGAUUGAGGUUGACAACAUCUGUACUUUGGAUAGGAAGCUACCGGUAAGAGUGCAACGGUACUAUCAUGAAGAAAAAUACACGGCACGGCCAAAUACAAAACUAUGGGGCCUGUGGAAAAGCUUCAAGCGGGUGUUUUUCCUCAUCAACGAUGAUGACGACCAAGCAGAGACGAGCUCGUCUUCGCAAGACGACACGAUGUCGGAGUUGUCUGAGCACAGGGCUAUACUCAAGCUGUUAUCAGUCCAGAUGAAGAACCAUGGUGACAUUCUCAAACGUCUGGCAGAAAAGGAAGGCAUCGAUGUCGCCAUCUUGACUAAAACAUCAACAGUUAAAAUGAGAUAGUCGUCAUAAAGUGUCGUGAUUUUAGGUGUAGUGUGAUUUUAGGUGUGC